CGGGUCUCAAACCGGCGCCAUAUCGGAUGCCGGCACUUCAGGCCAUGGUGUUAACCCGCUGCACCACAGCACUGGCCCCAACCAUAUAGUAUUGAUUUUCUCAUUCUACAGACAAGGAGGCUGAAGCCUAAAGAGGUUAAAUAACUCACUCAAGGUCACUGAAGUGAAAUGGGAAAUUAUUGGACAAUACAGGGGCCUCCAGCUCAAAUCCCACAGGUGGGAAGUCAGGACUGUUUAUUCAACUGCAGCUGGUGACAAUUACGGUUUUUAAGCAAGGUUUUAUGAUUUUUUGUACCAUGUUUUAUUUUCAAUAUCCAUUAUCCUUUUUGAUUUUCAAAAAGACAGGAAAUCAUAAAAUCAUAACAGUGAAUGCUUUAUAGCUCUUACCAUGUGUCAGGCUGUAUCCUAGAACACUAAGUCCUCAUUACAACCUUCCAAAGUAGGUACUACUAGCAGUCUUUUUUAAAAAGAUUUAUUUAUUUUUUGAAAGGUAAAGUUACAGAGACAAAGAAGGAAGACAGAGAGAGAGAAAUCUUCCAUCCUCUGGUUCACUCCCCAAAAGGCCGCAAUGACUGAGGCUGGGCCAGGCUGAAGCAGGAGCCAGCAGCUUCUUCUCAGGCUCCCAUGUGGGUGCAGGGACCCAGGGACUUGAACCAUCCUCUACUGCUUUCCCAGGCACAUUAGCAGGGAUCUGGAUCAGAAGUAGAGCAACUGGGACUGGAGCCAGCACCCAUAUGGGAUGCCAGCACUACAGGCCAUGGCUUAUGCCACUGCACCUAAGCACUAGCCCUUUUUAGGAAUCUUAAAAAACUUAUGGCAAAUGUGCAUUAUAAAUAAAUACGCAUGGAUUUCAAAGUUUUUUGCAUUAAAAAUAAUUUAUAUUUUCAUUCUGUUUUCUAUGAACGUUCGGAAGCACUCUUAUGUUAUUAUGUUCCCCACUUUGGAGAAGAGGAGGCUGAGAGAGAAGUCAUUUGUCGAAGGUCCCGCAGUGGCCACCAUGAUCCCCUGGGUGCUCUUGGCCUGUGCCUUCCCCUGUGCUGCUGACCCUCUGCUCGGUGCCUUCGCGCGCAGGGACUUCCAGAAGGGCUCCCCUCAGCUUGUCUGCAGCCUGCCGGGCCCUCAGGGUCCACCUGGCCCCCCAGGAGCCCCAGGGCCCUCAGGAAUGGUGGGAAGAAUGGGCUUUCCUGGCAAAGAUGGCCAGGAUGGCCAGGACGGGGACCGGGGGGACAGCGGAGAGGAAGGUCCACCUGGCCGGACAGGUAACCGGGGAAAGCCAGGACCAAAGGGCAAAGCCGGGGCCAUUGGGCGGGCUGGCCCUCGCGGCCCCAAGGGGGUCAGUGGUGCCCCCGGGAAGCAUGGCACUCCAGGCAAGAAGGGGCCCAAGGGCAAGAAGGGGGAGCCGGGCCUCCCAGGCCCCUGCAGCUGCGGCAGUGGCCGUGCCAAGUCGGCCUUCUCGGUGGCAGUGACCAAGAGCUACCCACGGGAGCGGCUGCCCAUCAAGUUUGACAAGAUUCUGAUGAACGAGGGUGGCCACUACAAUGCAUCCAGCGGCAAGUUCGUCUGCAGUGUGCCAGGGAUCUACUACUUCACCUACGACAUCACGCUGGCCAACAAGCACCUGGCCAUCGGCCUGGUACACAACGGCCAAUACCGCAUCCGGACCUUUGAUGCCAACACCGGCAACCAUGACGUGGCCUCGGGCUCCACCAUCCUGGCUCUCAAGCAGGGUGAUGAGGUCUGGCUGCAAAUCUUCUACUCAGAGCAGAACGGCCUCUUCUAUGACCCAUACUGGACCGACAGCCUCUUCACAGGCUUCCUCAUCUACGCUGACCAGGACAACCCCAAUGAGGUGUAGACAGGCGGUGCUGGGCCUCCAGGACAACCCCAAUGAGGUAUAGACGGGCAGUGCUGGGCCUCCUGGCAGGAGACAGCUUCAGGACUUGUGCUGACUGAGCAAAACCCCCAAACUGGGGGCUGGGGGCUGGGAGGCACGGGGGCUCCUAGCCUCAGGCUGACCUCUACUUCUUUUUUCCUUCAUCAUUAAAUCCAAGUAUUUUUAUUCAUCCAUC